CUCUGGUUCCCUGACCUCAGUGAGAUUGCAGCCAGUCUGGGGACCUAGGGGAGACAUGGAGAAAGAGACGGGGGAUCCCCUGGCUGGAGCUGACUGACAGUAGACAGUCAUGGCUGGAGAAUUGGAUAUCAGACUAAUGUUUGACCUCUGGAAACACCAAAUUUCUUUUUUCAGUCCCUUACAGGACGUCCGGUCAAAAUUCACUAGGUAGGAGGGUCACCAGCUGGAAAGAACCGGAACCUGGGGGGACCUGGCUGGAUAGGUAUGGGGGAUCCAGGCCAGUCCCCUAGUCCCUGGUGCCCCCAUGGCAGUCCCCCAACUCUAAGCAUUCUCACUCUCCUGCUGCUCCUCUGUGGACAUGCUCAUUCUCAGUGCAAGAUCCUCCGCUGCAAUGCUGAGUAUGUAUCUUCCACUCUGAGCCUUAGAGGUGGGGGUUCACCAGGAGCCCUUCGAGGAGGAGGCCGGGGUGGAGGGGUGGGCUCCAGCGGCCUCUGCCGAGCCCUCCGCUCCUACGCGCUCUGCACUCGGCGUACGGCCCGCACCUGCCGCGGGGACCUCGCCUUCCAUUCUGCUGUGCACGGCAUCGAAGACCUGAUGAUCCAGCACAACUGCUCCCGCCAGGGCCCCACGGCCCCUCCCCCACCCCGGGGCCCAGCCCUUCCAGGCGCAGGCCCGGUGCGCUCCUCUGGUUCCCCAGCCCCGGACCCCUGUGACUAUGAAGGCCGGUUUUUCCGGCUGAACGGUCAGUCCCCAGGCUUCUUGCAUUGCGCCUCCUUCGGGGACCCUCACGUGCGCAGCUUCCAUCACCACUUUCACACGUGCCGUGUCCAAGGAGCUUGGCCGUUGCUGGAUAAUGACUUCCUUUUUGUCCAGGCCACCAGCUCCCCCGUGGCAUCGGGGGCCAACGCCACCACCACCCGGAAGCUCACCAUUAUAUUUAAGAACAUGCAGGAAUGCAUUGAUCAGAAGGUCUACCAGGCUGAGGUGGACAAUCUUCCCGCAGCCUUUGAAGAUGGUUCUAUCAAUGGAGGUGACCGACCUGGGGGCUCAAGUUUAUCCAUUCGAACUGCUAACCCUGGGAGCCAUGUGGAGAUCCGAGCUGCCUACAUUGGCACAACUAUAAUCAUUCGGCAGACAGCUGGGCAGCUCUCCUUCUCCAUCAAAGUAGCAGAGGAUGUGGCCAGGGCCUUCUCAGCUGAGCAGGACUUGCAGCUCUGCGUUGGGGGAUGCCCUCCAAGUCAGCGACUCUCACGCUCAGAGCGCAGUCGUUGGGGAGCUAUAACCAUUGAUACUGCCAGACAGCUGUGCAAGGAAGGCCUGCCAGUUGAAGACGCUUACUUCCAUUCCUGUGUCUUUGAUGUUUUAAUCUCUGGUGACCCCAACUUUACUGUGGCAGCUCAGGCAGCUCUGGAGGAUGCCCGAGCCUUCCUGCCAGACUUGGAAAAACUGCACCUCUUCCCCUCGGAUGCUGGGGUUCCUCUUUCCUCAGUAACCCUCCUAGCCCCACUCCUUUCUGGGGUCUUUGUUCUGUGGCUUUGCAUUCAAUAACUAGGCCAGCAAUCUCAUGACUGGGUUAGAAGUGAUUUGUGGAUAGAGAUUGGCAAGGAAGAACAUAAAGGAUCACUGAAGGAAACAGUGGGGACUAAGAGACACAUGAAACAAUGACAUUUAUCCAGAGUGAGAGAGGCUGCAGUCCAGGGUUAAAAUGAUCAGAGUGAGGAUUCUGGGCCAGGUUUCUGCAUUCCAGACCUCAGUAGGGGCUCUUCACUAAUUUUCCCAGUCUUGUUCAUAGUAAGCAAAUUGUUCCAGUCCAUCUACUCCUGAGAUCACCCCUACAAGCUUAGAGGUUAUGGGGUCCUGAACAUCAGUAGAAAAUUUAAGGGUUGAGACUUUUAAUAGAGAAGAACUGAAAGAGGAAGAGAUUAUCAUUACCCAUCAGAAACUCAAAAUCUAAUGAUAUUUUCUCUUGGAAGGUGGAAAGAGGAGGAAAUGAUAGGGAGAAGAGUCUAUUUGAUAAGUAUACGUGGGUAAGAUGUGUUCUGCUUUCUUGGUUCAGAGAUGAAGUGGGCGUUGUCUGGAUUUUUGGUGAAGGGAAUCUCUGUCUUUGGAGAAUAGCAUAGAUAGGAAAGAAGCUAUCAUCCCCACCCCUAACUAAUCUGUUAUUAAAGUUAUGAAUUCUUCA